AUGUCCGAAAACCAGCUUGUAAACUUGAUCCCAUCCCUACGCCAAGCAGGGCUUUUCCCUAGCUCGGCACCCCUCAUCCCAGAGGACUUUACCCCAACAACGGAACUCCAGGUAUCCUUUGGAGAGAAAGCCGUUUCUUUGGGCAAUAUGUUCAGAGCCAGUGAAUGCAAGUCAGCUCCGACCGUAUAUUUUGCAGCUGAGAGGGAUAUCGACUCCCCACAGAAAUACAUCUUAAUCCUCACAGACCCAGAUGCUCCGACACCAGACGAGCCGAAAUUCGCAUACUGGCGUCAUUGGGUCGUUUCCGGAUUACAGCCAUUUGGAUCUCUGGAAUCGGCUCAGACAUUGACAGAAUAUCUUGGCCCUGGGCCUAAAGACGAUUCACGGCCGCAUCGGUAUCUGUAUCUGCUGUUUCGUGAGCCACCCGGCCUGUCACUUUCGAAGGAAGAUGUCGGGGGCGAAGAGUUUACUGAUCGGAGGUCAUUCAAGGCCGCGGAGUGGGCGCAGAAGCAUGGAUUGAAGCUUGUCGCGGUGAACUGGAUGCUGGGUACAGGGGAUGGUUGGCACGAAUGA